AAAAAAAAGGAAGUAAAAAAAAAGAAAGCGGCCUUCUCCUCCAGCUCCACCUCACGCGCGCUUCGCCUCGCCGCGCCUCGUCUCGUGCGGCUGCGGCGGCGGCGGCUGCUGCUGCUGCUCCGGCGGCGGAGGAGGGGGGAAAGGCUCGUUCGGGAAUAGGGAGGAACGAGCGGAGGGGAUGCCGCUGGGGUGGCUGCGGAGGAAGUGGAGGCGGAGGCGCGACAAGCCCGCGGGGGACGCCGCCGCCGCCUCUACCACGGCGACCUCGCCGAGGGACUCCGUCGACCUGGGGGGAACGUCCGCGUACCCGUCCGCCUGCGCGUCUCCAUCCUCCACCACGCCGACGCCGACGCGGUGGGGCGCCGGCGCCAGCGCCGUGCCCCCGCGAUGCCCGGGGCCACAGGACCAGCACCACGGGCUGCCGCUCCCGCGGCCGGUGUCCAAGUCGGCGCCGAUGCCCCUGGCGUCCCCCGCCGCGGCGCCGCCGUCGCCGUCGCCGCCGGCGUGCGCGUCGGCGGCCGAGUCGGUCUCGGGCGGGAGCUCGUCGGACGACGAGGCGGAUCACCGGAAUUACAGGUAUACAGAUCCAGUUGUCCACACUAGCGGAAGGACUGUGCUACCUGAUGGUCAUAAUGGCAUGGUAGAAGAGAAGCGUUUUGUAUCAUGUGGUAUUCUCCAGGAGCAUCAAAAAUUCUUUGAGGUUCCUAUUGCAAAUGUGAACGAAGUUCAUCACAUGCAAAUCUUUGAACCUUCAACAAGUGAAUCUAGUUAUUCUCGGGGCAGAAUGUUGCCUGAGGAUACAUUUGCUGUAAGACCAAGAAGUCAUUCCCCUGGUCCGAGAGGGCAUGCUUAUUCUGCUUGCUGCGCAAGAGAUUUUGGGUUUACCCCAAGGUCACCAGUGAAAAGGAUGGAUGAUCCUAGGAGUCCAUCUCAACCCUUGCCUCUCCCUCCAGUUCCUGUUGCUAGCUCAUCCAUUCCUUCAUCUUCCAUUACUUCUAGUCAAUUCCAAUCACAGUGGAAAAGGGGGAAGCUAUUAGGUAGCGGCACAUUUGGUCAGGUUUAUCUUGGUUUCAACAGUGAAAAUGGGCAGUUUUGUGCAAUCAAGGAGGUGCAGGUUUUUUUGGACGAUUCACAUUCAAAGGAACGCCUUAGGCAAUUGAAUCAGGAAAUAGAUAUGCUUAAGCAGCUCUCGCACCAAAAUAUCGUGCAAUAUUAUGGAAGUGAACUGGCUGAUGAAGCUCUGUCCAUCUAUCUGGAAUAUGUUUCUGGAGGUUCAAUUCAUAAAUUACUUAGAGAGUACGGUCCAUUUAAGGAACCUGUGAUUCGUAAUUAUACUCGGCAGAUUCUUUCAGGGCUUGCCUACUUGCAUGGUAGGAAUACUGUACACAGAGACAUUAAAGGAGCAAACAUACUUGUGGGCCCUAAUGGUGAAGUCAAACUUGCGGACUUUGGCAUGGCUAAACAUGUGACAUCUUUCGCCGAAAUACGCUCUUUCAGAGGAAGCCCAUACUGGAUGGCUCCUGAGGUUGUAAUGAAUAACAAAGGAUAUAAUCUUGCGGUUGAUAUAUGGAGCCUUGGAUGUACAAUUAUUGAGAUGGCAACCGCGAAGCAUCCCUGGUAUCCGUAUGAAGAUGUGGCAGCAAUAUUUAAAAUUGCAAACAGUAAAGAUAUACCAGAAAUUCCAGAUUGUUUUUCCAAAGAAGGGAAAGAUUUCCUAAGUUUGUGCUUAAAGCGUGAUCCAGUACAGAGGCCUUCUGCAGCUUCGUUGCUGGGUCACCCUUUUGUCCAUGACCAUCAGGCUGUAAGAGCACCAACAUGCAAUGGUACUCAGUUGAGAAAUGGAAUUUCUUCCCCUGCAGCAAGUCAUAGAAAGCCAAACAGAGAAUCCUCGUCAAGGAGAAACAUUGCUCCUCUGCAUGGUAUCGCAGGACUAAGCGCAAGGGAAUUCGCUGGAUUUUCCACAGCCUAUCCUUCUCCUCACAAUACCUCCAGCAGCCCAACUGCAGUGAGAGCAAACAUGUCUUUACCGGUGUCGCCAUGCUCAAGCCCGCUGCGGCAGUUCAAGCAAUCAAACUGGAGCUGCCUCCCUUCACCAACGCAUCCGGCGCUCUCCCCUGGAUUAUCAGCAGCAGCCUACCCAAACAAUCCCUUGCAGAACCAGUCGAGGCGAAGCGCCGCAGUUCCAGAUCCCUGGCUGGAGUUGAGCCAGCCGAGACCUCCAAGCCCAUAUGGCUCUCCAAAGAGAUUCUAGGCCUUCUGACCUGCAGAGUUUCUUGUAGCAUGGCUCCUCAAAAGAGAUUCUAGGCCGUCUGAUCUGAUCUGCAGAGUUGUUGUAGAUGAUAUGUGUUGAUAUCUGACACAAGAUAGAGAGGGAGUCGCAUAUGUUUUUUGUUGACAGAUCAUUUGUAACUAUAUAUGGCUUACUCUGAUCUGAUUCAUCAUUCAUUGUAUACCAUAGGAAAAAGGAGGGCAUUAGGAUGAUCUCUGAUGUUCUGUAAAUCUGUAGGACUAGAAAUGUGGAGUGGAGGCUUGGACCAGUUGCAGAACUUGUAAAUUUUUAGAAAAUGGAAUAAAAUAUCCCGGCCGCUACACACCCGAAGGAAGUUUUUCUAAA